UCUUCUUGCUCAUUUGACUCAUACACUCUCUUUCUCAUAACAAACCAAAAGCUUUUGCACGAACCACAUCACAAAACUAAAAGCAUCAUCAGAUGGCGCCGCCUCCUGGUCCCUACUCCGGCACCAGCACCCUCGCUUUGGUGGCUCGUGUUUCGGCUUUCUCAUAUGGGCUUGUUUAUGGCCACAUGAAGCUCAAGUACCUCAAGGCAAAGGCAAGAUCACACAAGAAAGCUGAAGAAAAGGCUGCUGCAAAGGCUCACCAUUGAAGGUGGUGGUGGGAUCUGUUUCAAGUUGAGUGAACAUUUGAGUUGAGUUGAGUAUAGAAAUAAUCAUUAAAGAAAGCAGCGUUUCAUCUUUGGCGAAUGGUUUUGCAGACCUUGCUGGCUGCUUUUUAUCAAUUUUUUUUCUGAGAUACAAUCUUUUAAGAAACUUAACUUGAUUGCCUUUGACAAUUUUUAUGAAUAUUUAGCUUUCACUUUGGUUACAAUCUAAUGUUGAAUGAUUAUCAUCCUUUAUUUGAAAUAAUAAACCUCUGUUACCAUUA